CGAAGAGUGCACUGAGCGAAUAAACAGGAGGCAGAAUCGAGCUCACACAACCAAGAAACGUCCACGUUUGAUAGUUUUCCAAUGUUUUAAGAUUAAAAACAACAACACAUAACUGCAAUAAUAAACGCAAUUCUUUUCUUUCUUCAUGGCUUAAUUGCGGUUUCAGUUCACGCGCUCUGUGUGUGUCGGAGGGGAGGAUGCGCGGCUGAAGACUUCAGUCCGGAGAGACUGAAUCCGCAUCCUGAUCAGACAAUCAUAGCGAUGAUGGAGGGACGACACGAGUUUUUAUGCGGGGUUGUUGAAGGUUUCUAUGGGAGACCCUGGUCAAUGGAACAAAGGAAGGUUCUAUUUCAAUGGAUGCAGAUGUGGGGUUUGAACACAUAUCUGUAUGGUCCUAAAGAUGAUCUGAAGCACAGGUUACUGUGGAGGGAAGUUUAUUCAGCAGAGGAAGAGGCUCAGUUGAAAGCUCUGGUGUGUGAAGCAGAGUCAAGGGGUCUGACGUUUGUGUACGCUCUUUCUCCGGGUCAGGACAUCGUCUUCUCCAGCUCUUGUGACCUCACACUACUCAAACGCAAACUCAGACAGGUGUCAGACCUGGGCUGUCAGGCUUUUGCCCUCCUAUUUGAUGACAUUGAUCACUCCAUGUGCCAGUCAGAUACAGAGGCCUUUUCCUCAUUCGCUCACGCCCAGGUCACCGUGGCCAAUGAGAUCUUCCGUUUCCUGGGGGAACCACCUGUCUUCCUUUUCUGUCCCACUGAGUACUGUAGUUCUCUGUGCACUCCCAGCGUGUCAAAGUCUCCCUACAUGCUGAUGAUUGGGGAGGAUCUUCUCCCUGGCAUCUCUGUUAUCUGGACCGGAAAUAAAGUGAUAUCUCGGGAACUGAGUGCCGAAUCGUUAGCAGAGGUUCAGAUGGUGCUUCGACGGCCACCACUCAUUUGGGACAACCUCCAUGCUAAUGAUUAUGACUCCCGACGUGUCUUCCUGGGGCCUUUUAAGGGCCGCCCCCCCGGACUCAGGUCCCAUCUGAGGGGUCUGCUGCUUAAUCCAAACUGCGAGUUUGAAGCCAACUUCAUCCCUCUGCAUACCUUGGGAAGCUGGCAUAAAGAAGUGAAGGAAGAGGGGAAAGGUGAUGAAGAGGCCUAUAGGGUGGAUAGAGCGCUGUCAGCCGCCCUGCAAGACUGGAUGAAGGAACUCAGCCUUCCUCUACAGCCUGGACGCCAGUUGAGGCCAACAGACCCCAAGCUCUCAAAACUCUCUGUUAAAUCAAAGUCCUCCGAAAGCUCAGACAAUCAAUGUGAAGCCCAGCCCAAAUCUCCCAUAACCUCUUCCCAGAGCACAGGGGCUCUUGCUAGCGAUGAAAUCCCAGCAGACUCAGUUAUGAGCCAGGAUCUGAAAGCUGGGGAGAACCAGGUCUCCUGGAGCACAAGCCAUGAAAAGAGCUCUAGAAGGGGAUUGAGUUCUGGGAGGGCUCCUCUCAGCGAGGCCCAGGUCCGGCUGCUGGUUGGCCUGUACUUCCUGCCACAUGAACACGGACCACCCGCUCAGAAUCUCCUGCAGGAUCUCACGUGGCUCAAAGCCAACUGUCACUGCGUCAGUGUCAACGGCAAGAAGGCCUCGCCACAGAAGGUAGAGGACUGGCGGGCCCGUGCAGGCCGUUUUCUGGCCGUGUGUGAUGAUGUGGCAAUACUGCACAGUGCUUUUGUGAACAGCAUCAAUAGGGCUGUUCUCUAUGACCUUUACCCUUACAUCUGGGACCUGAGAAACACCCUGCUGGUGGCCAAGGCCUUCAUCUGCUGGCUAGAGGGUCGUAUACUGAGUGAUGGUUUUCCACUGGACUCUUGGAAAAACUGCUUCCACUGGUGUGGAGCUUCCUCAGGGGCGGAGCUACAUGGUGUGGAGGCAGAGCCAUGGGUGUUUAAAGGGGGGCUGUCUGGAGAGGUGCAGAUGCUUCUGCCUGUGGGGACCAGCAGCGAGUUAUUUAGUCACCCUCCCCCUCUGUUCCCCACAUCUCGACUUUACAACAUACGGCCAUUCCAGCAAAAAGACAAGGUGGAGCUGUACCGAAUGGUGCAUCAGUUGCAUCAGAGGGGUAAAAUGAGCCAGGAUGCUGCCAUCUCCCAUCCAGACUUCAUUGGGGACAGGUGUCUGGGUGGGUCUCUGGCCUUGUGCCCAGAGUACAGCUUAGUUCUGGAGGAUGAACUAGGUGUAUGUGGGUGCGCUGUGGGCAUUCUGGAUGUCCGCUCAUUUGCCAAACGAUGUCAGGCCACCUGGCUACCUGCUAUGAGGGACAAAUAUCCUUCACGACCCCAUGGGGCCAGUGGACAUACUGCAACAAAAGAGGCCCUGCUGUUUUUCCAUGAAGAACACGACUACCCAGACUCCCUGCUAUAUCAUUUCCCAUCUCAGCUCAGGCUUGAGGCUCUUCCUGAUCUGGUGGACAGUAGCGUCAGUCGUAGUCUCCUCACAGCCUUGUUAACGGCCCUCAAAGCGAACGGUUCACAGGGGGUAUUCUGCGAAGUCCAGCCUACAGAUGGAUUACGGAUGGAAUUUCUGACUAAGUUGGGAUUUCUGGAGAUCCUCCGUGGAGAAGCACAACCUAGAGAGGGCGUGGUUUUAGGGAGGCUGUUAUAAGCGAAUAGUCAAAACACACAGGGUACAGUCUUUGAUCAAGUUUUUAGAUCAACAUGUUGCCAUGUUUGAGACCAGAGCUGGGGUUAUGGUUGUACUUAGAAAAAUGGCUGGGUUUAGAAAGUGCUUGGUGAGGUCGAUUCACAGGUCUGAAUUUUGGCAGGAAAAAAUUGAAUGAAACAAUGCAUCCUGCAUGCCAAAAUCAAAUCAAAAAUAUCAUACUAUGAUGAUAUGACUUUUUUAAGUUGUUUGGAUACUUUUUUUUUUUUUUUUUUCAGAAACUAAAAUUUGGCAUUGGACAGAUUGUGAUUUGUUUUAGUGAGAAAAUAUUUAGUUUGUUAAUAUUUUAUUUACAAUAGUGCAAGCCACAGUAAAAAUGAAUGAAAACAUUUAACAAAAACCACACAUUGAAUAAUAGCACAGGAAUUUAGUGAAAUGUAGGUAUAUGUAUGUGGUCUAAGAAAAACAAAACAGUUGAUAGUAGUUGUGGGAUUAUCAGAGAUUGUCUGUAGGGACUUUUUGUGAUUAUUUUAUAAUUUCCUGACAUUUAGUCACAUUGAACUUGGUGUGAACAGGCCUUUAGGCUUUAUGGUCAAAGCUGGGGCAGGUAAAGAAUUACUAAUAAAACAUAAGGGACAAAAUGAUCAUUUAAUAGUGAUGACUUGUUUACAGCUUCAUCUGUUUGCUUUCUCACUGCACUGUGCAUCUAGAGCUCUCCUAUUGGUUCGCAGUCUUCGCACAAACCUUUGGCUUAUAAAACUUGCUGUUACUUUUAUUGAAAGUGUCUGUGUUGCAGCUGUGGAUGG